UACAAUUUGUUAUACGAAGACUUAUUAAAAAUUUCACCAAUUGGUUGAUGUUGAAACUCAUCAUGGCGGUUUUAAACAUGGAAAAAAUAAGAGUUGGUCAGAUUCAGUAUUUAGCUGUCAUGGUGAUGGUUAUAUUCCUGAGUUUUAUUCUGUUUCCUGGUAGAAGGCGCGUAGAGCCUACAUCCACCUUCCUGACUUUACUCCAUCUUGGAACAUUCGCCGCUCAAUAUGGCGCCCAGUUGUGGGUAACUCUUGUCGCUGGUAUCACUAUGUUUUGUAGUUUACCCCGCAGGAUGUUUGGUCAGGUUCAAAAACGACUCUUUCCGAUGUUCUUUUUCUGGUGUCUCCUUACGUCAGCUAUUGUCAUGGCAACACAUAUUCUACGUCAUCCAGUAGACACGUGGAGUUAUUCGCAAUACGUCGAGAUCUACGCCCUGUCAGCUGGUUUUAUGUCAGCAGCCGUCAACUCCAUUAUUCUGUCUCCACUUAUAGUCAGCGCCAUGUUGAAAACAUUUCAGAUGGAAGUCGAGGCCGGUGUGGGUGACAUCGUCGGCUACGCAAACGUCCCUGAGUUGAAGAAAAAUCCGGAAUAUGUGAAUUCUUAUCGUACGUUCCGAAGAUGUCACGGAGCUAGUGCGUGUUUAACCGUGGUUUCGUUAGCAGCCAAUACGGUUCAUUUAUACUACCUAGCUUGUCAGCUAGUACCGGGACUUAUAUGAGUUGAAAACCUAGACAUUGUGAUUAGAUGAAAGAAGGGAGACCUACACUCGUAAACUGAAGGUUGUGGAAGACUAUAGCAGUAGAAGCAUCUGGUCGUGCUGUAGAAUUUAGGAUCUAAAGACGCAAACUCUAAAAUUUCUACCCGACACAAGACUAUUUUUAACUCAUCUUGUAUUUUAAAUUAUUGAAAUGACAUCUUGUAAUUUAAGUGGGAAUGCAUAGGGCACGGAGUGACGUUUUCGAUUAGGCUUCUCCACAGGCGUGGCAACAUGGAAAAUAUCAUCACCUGAGAGAAUCUGUUUCAGACGAGUUAUAUCCCCUGAAUUAGAGCAUCGGUUUCAGACCAGUUAUUUGACAAUAUCGCUUCUGAAAAUGGCUGUAAUAUACUUUAGCCUGUAUACUUAGUCACAACUUAAUGUAUGGUAUUUUUCAUAGAGAUUUCCACGUUGCAAGCGUCUGUUGGCUUUUCUAGUCUUAUACUCAAGUUGUACAUAGUAACAUAGUACUCCUUUUUUUACUGGACCACCAAAUAUACCCCGAGUUUUAUCUACUCUAGGGUAAAUAAUUAUUAGGGUUCCAGUUUAAUGAUAUCAGACAUAUCAUCAAUACUUUACGUUUGAUUGUGUAUUUAUUAUUAUUAAUUUCAGGACAUUGGAACGUAAGCAAAUCUGAUUAAAAUACAGAUUUAUAUUUCUAGUCGGUUUUUUUUUCAAACAAAACGUAAUUUGAGAUACAAAAUGGGAAACAAAAUAGGAGCUAUAUUUCGUUUCGUUUUUUUAUUAUACAAUUAAAAAGAAAUUUUGAACUAUAUAAAGCGAAACGAAAUAUGAUUUGUGUUUUAAUAAGAUUGUACAUAAUGAUUUGAUAUACGUUUUUAAUUUAUUGUGUAAUAAUAAGAUGGCAUUCAAUAUACGAUUUUAAUUUAUUUGUAAUUUAAGAAUAAGCGUGAUAUACCUCUCAUAUCAUUUCAUGUGCAUGCAUUUUGUCUUAUAACACCAAUAGUCCGUCCAUUUUUAUUUGAACGAUCUGUAAAUAAUGAACAAAUACCGUAACUUAAGAAACCAAUGCGCUGUGAAUGUCGCAUUUUACGCAUUAACAGAGAAGAUACUAAACUGCCAGUAUUUUAUGGAGCAUACAUUAAAGGUUAAGGUUAUUCUCCGAUAAAGAUGCAUCAUGUAAGAUUUAGAUAAAGAGCUGAUAGUUCUUGCUAUAAUAGCUCUAAAAUAGAUCAAAUGAAUAUAUUGAAAAUUGCAGCCAAUUUAUUUUUAAUUGGAAUAAAGUAAUGAAUGUUUGAAGUUUUGAUAAUAUUAAGACUAAAUAAUCUAGAUUGUCUAGUACCAUUGCUACGAUUAUAAACAAAGUCUCGAUUAUCCAUUUAAUUUUAACGUUAUUAAAUGGCACGGUUGUUCUAAUCCAAUGAUUAUCUCGACCACCGAUGGUCCUGAUAAUUGAUUAUAAUUGUCUAAAAAAUAAUUAUAUAACAUUUGAAUCCAGAAUACACGUGCAAAAGGCAGAUGUAGCUCUUACAUUACGCAUCUUUAAUGUGCCGAUCACCAAUAUUUAUAAUAUUUAAAAUUAAGAUUGACAGUGAAUUGGCCAAUAUUAGUGUCAAGGUUUAACCUUAAAAUAUGUGUGAUAUUCAACAAGUUAUUACGGGUUAUCGUUCUUGGCACGUGCUUUCAGGUGAAUCUCGCUGUUUAUUUGUGUUCUAGUUUGUAUAUAAUCCACACCUGGUAAUUUUAUUAAUGAAAUGGAGUUUAAUUCCCUAGCUUUCUGCUGAUUUAUUUUAUUAAUGAAAUGGAGUUUAAUUCUCCGGUUUCCACCCACUGCUAAAGACCCCUGAUUAAUUUAAAAUAAAAACGAUCACUGAUCAAAAAAUAUACAUUAAAAUUACUUAGAAAAAAACACAAUUUGUUUUUACUUUCGUUUUAUGUUAUUUCGGUGAAAACAUAUAUUAGGAAUGUAAAAAAAAAUGUUCAGUUCUAUAAAAGAUACAAAAAUUUUGCAUUUUAUAUAAAAUUUCUAUCUAAAGAUUUUAUAUUGAUAUUUUUUGUUUGUUUAUAAAGUUAUGGCAGAAACACAAGCAAUAAAAAGUAUUUUAAUCAAAUAUUCUUGGGCAUUUGAGAAAACUGUGACUGGGUAACCAGGUGUAGUGACAGUUCAGUACAAGCGAGACUCGAUCCGCCCAGUAAAUUAUCUCAUAGCACUACCUGGUCACAUUGCAGUAGAGUUAUCAAGCCAAUAGUUAUUGCAGUAGGACUAUCGCAACAACAAUUAAGGCUAUCUGUUGGUUGUCUUGCAGUAUAAAUAUAGCAAAAACAUCUUUGGUACGGGUUUCACAAAUAGUAUGUAAAUAUUUUAAUUUAUUUAAACUGUGUUGUAUUUCAUUGUACAUGUAUAUGUAUUUUAUUUUAGAUAUUUAGAUUGUCAAAACAGGUUAAAAUAAAAUAGUAAUUAUUUGAAA